AUGCACGCCGGUGUGCAACCAGGCAAACAAAGCCGAAAUGUUGGAUCUUUGACCUGCUUUAAGCAGGUCAUAUUUCCUAUGGAACCUGUGCCGAUGCAGUCGACCGUGCAAGCAGACUUUAUUCACCAUGCACAUUUUCAAGCACCUCUUCCUUUGUCAAAGGACACCUCGUCAAUCUUGACUAAGGACCAACUGGAAGGGAAGUUCCAGGGGUUGACUUCUUACUCCGAGGACUAUACCAAAAAGUCUGCACGUGGCUGCCCAAGGCCACUGGUUGCCAGCAAUCCUGUUUAUUCGCGGCACUUUCUACAGCACGCUGGUUGCGACAAGCUUGCCACUACGUACGGUGAUCACUUCGCUCCACGAGAGGGCAAAGGCCCAAAGGGACAACCAGACGCGCCACAGGGUCACCCUGUGGGUGAUCAGAGUGAUUACCUCGAUAGCCACUCCUCUUCUUUGACUUCUUUCAUGAGGACUCGGCGGUUUGAGGGACAAACCAGCUACGCGCGGGAAUUCAACAAACCCGACAUUUCAGUGCCAGAAGAAGGAAAGAAGACAGGUGAUGAGAACCAGUCCAACUUGACAGAUGCAGCACGAGCAUGCAUUUUUGAUAGCCAGAGUAUUUAUCAAGAGUCUUUCCUGAAACACAGGAAGCCUGUAAGGCAAGAAACUCUGAGGCCAACUGGGGCGCUUCACGGAGGAAUGGCCUUUAGUGGAAUCUCUGAGUACACAUCGGUUUAUGCUAAUUGGCCCCACCUCAAAAAAUGGAGGCUUUCCUAG